UCACAGCCAGACAGAGACAGAGCGGAAACCUCUUGUCAAGUUUCUUUCUGACCCUGAGAGCAUCAGCGUUUUAACAGAUUCACGUCUUCAUUGUUUCCCUUCCACACUGGGCUCUCUGUGUGUUCCAGAUAGCUGUGUCGAUGGCAGUCAUUCCUCUCAAUAUCUGAUUUUCAGGAACAAAAACUUGGCCUCAUCACUAGUCUCUGUAUCGCAGUCGGGCAGGCGUGACGCAUGGACACUGGCCGGGCGCACACUUCUCAUUGAGAAACCUCAUUUUUUGCGGCACAAAGUUAAGAUUAUUGAAGUGUUUCAGAUUUUUUUGAUUUUUGGUACUACAGUAUUUUUUUUUCAAGGAUGCUCGUCUUAACGUGGAAUAGAUGCUGUGUCGUGAUGUUUCUCGUCGCUGCACUGAAGACGGGGACAUCCCAGGUAUCCGAGGCGCGCCCGAAGGCGAACUCCAUCAAGCCAGCUCUGUCGGAAGAGACACCUACACCCGCUACAAACCGCUCCACCACUGCCCACAGCGGGAUCACCAAGAAAUAUAACAUCCUUACGCAGCAGGUGUAUCCGUGCAGCAACGAUAAGGAGUGCAGCGUGGGAAGCUACUGCCACAGCCCUCAACAGGCUCCGUCCCGCUGCCUCACCUGCCGCAGGAGGAAGAAGCGCUGCCAUCGAGAUGCCAUGUGCUGUCCCGGGAACCGCUGCAGUAACUAUAUUUGUGUCCCAAUCUCUGAGAGUGUGCUGUCGCCUCACAUCUCAGCUUUGGACGAGCAUAACAAACUCUCCACCAAGGAGCAGAACUGGAGGAAGAGUGGGAAGGCGCACGCGAAGCAUUCUCUGAAAGGGCACGAGGGCGACCCUUGCCUGCGCUCGUCCGAUUGUUCGGAGGGCUACUGCUGCGCCCGCCAUUUCUGGACCAAAAUCUGCAAGCCGGUGCUGAGGCAGGGAGAGGUGUGCACCAAGCAGAGGAAGAAAGGUUCUCACGGCUUGGAAAUCUUCCAGCGCUGCGACUGUGCCAAGGGCCUUUCCUGCAAGGUGUGGAAAGACGCCACCUCCUCGUCCAAGUCCAGGCUCCACAUGUGCCAGAAGAUCUAAAGUGCAGGCAGCUGCUGUCGGCGUAGAGGCCUCUGUCUCCAUCUGCCAGGGAAAGUUUUUUAAAGGAUGGGUUGUGGCUGUAUUGAAAGGAGUAAAAGACAGAGACUAACAAGAGACAGAACAGACUGUGUGGGUUCAAGCUCGCUAUUCGGCAAGCGGAGAGCAAAUGGGAUUGCUUUAAUGUGUUUACUGUGAGUGGUCCAUCCCUGCACCCACAUACAAACACGCACCCUCACACACACACACACACACACACACACACACACAAGCGCACACACAUCUCGUGGGCUCGAGAGAUCAGAGAGUUCAUGGUGUGCUUGCUCACAAAUACGACAAACUUUUUACACGACAUUCAGGGAGCCACGAAGUUAGCCGGUAGAUGCUGUGAUAGGUGUGGACCUUCUCCAGAUGGAGGCGACAGACGUAGCCGUCUUUCAACGAGCUUCAACGUAUAAUAAUAAGACAGAUAGACUAUUUACAGACAAGCCAUAUUUGCAGCGCGCAGUACAAACUUUACCAAACUCCAGCGUUUCUUUACCGGAUCUGAAUUUUGCCUUCAUGUCUCGUCUGUGUCGUCAGAUCUCUGAAUCUCCCUCCUCAUGUUGUUUAAGUCUUGAAGAAUUCAACUAUUCCUACGCAAGACAUUGACAGCCAGUAACGAUGUCCAGACCCACCAAACACCGCUCAUAUCAUAUGAGGAACUAAUUGCACACACUGUUUACUCCAGCGCUCGACUUGUGUACUGUAACAGCAUCCCGAGACUCCGGCGCGAAGCAUUAUGCUCUUAAAACCAAAGAAUGCAAGAACAUUUCCAUCAGAGUGAUGAGUUUCAUCUGGGACAUUAGCUCGAUUUUCAGCCACAAGAAGAGAGAUAAUGUAUUGUGUCCGUCGUGGAAACCUCGUUUGAUCUGUCAGAUACAGCUGCAGUCCAUUGUGAUACAACUGUGUGGGUUAGAACAGUUCGCACUGAGGUGCAGUCGUGCUCUGCUGCAGACCUAGCGGAGGACGGUUCUGCUUUUCCAAUCACAUGAACGGGAUUCAAGGAUACGAUGGAAGUGCAAUUUUUUCCGUUUACAAAGCCAGUAGGAAAGGAGACGCGAGAAGAUUGAUUAGAGUUACAAAAACGCUCCGUAAAGCUGAAGUGUUCAAAGAGAAUCGCAGUUUGAAUCAACGUUUUGUUGCUGGCACGCAGCCCUGUUUAUUUUCCUGUUUCUCAAGCAUGACUGCAUUCUUUCUUCUCAUGAAAUACUGUGUAGUUUUAUUGUACUGGAGGUGAGGCAAAGCCCCCCCCCCCCCGUACAACUUCUUUAAACAACCACUCCUUACCUACAUAGUCAAUAUAAUAUCAUGUUUGCCUCUUUUUGCUUUAAUGUUUUUAGAGCAUCAACUACACAUAUUUUGUAACCAUUUAUCAAUAAGCUCUUAUAUUGUAAAUAGAUUGGAAACAAUGAAAGUGUAUUUAAGAAUCAGUGUAUAUCGUGUACAUAUAAUAAAAAUAUGAAUCUUAAACGUUGCAGCAAAAUGAUCUAGGUGAGAAGAGUAACGAGGGAUGAAAUGGGACGAGCACAGCUGGAUAGACUCUAAAUAAUGUAGUGAAGCGGUAAAAGCUGUGUGUGUAGACAAAGGGAACGGCGUAGAUAGCUUUGACUGACGUUAUGGACUGGAUGCAUCAAAAGGGUAAAUCCAAAAGUAGAGACAAGCACAUUAUUUUCCAAAAUAGUUUGUGUAAAUGGCGUGUAAAUGGUGUCAAGAUUUAUAUCCCACUAAAUAUUGUUUGUGUUAAUACUUUGAUUUGUUUUGUGUAUUUACAGUGAUGAAUGAAUAAAAGAAUGUAUUUUGUA